AUGAUUAGUACAACACGUGGGCAAUUGGCUGCCAUGCACUUUGGUCUUGGAGGAACAAAUAUAUACAUGUGGAAGACCAUGCUAGACCCUUAUUAUGAUGGACAUAGUAUAGCGGGACGAGUUCAAGAUUAUGUUUCAGCCAUGUCUUGGCAACAUGAUAUUGUGAGUAAGAAGCUUUUGGUGGAAGAGGUUAGAUGGUUCUUGCCUAAUUCCUCAUUUGUUAAGAUUAAUGUGGAUGGUUCUUGUGGUGCCGGAAAAAUCUCAGGGUGUGGGGGUUUCAUUCGGGAUGAUAGAGGCAAUUGGUUAUGUGGUUUCUCGAAAUUUAUUGGAGUUUGUAAUGCGUUUAUGGCUAAGGUGUGGGGGAGUUUAUGA